AUGGAUGGUUACGCUGUGCUUGUCGGCCAGUACUUCAUCGUAUGGAUCCACGCGCCCGACAAAAAGUCGCGACGACCGAUUCUCUAUUACAUGUCAGCCAAUUUUGUCUCGUUCAUCAUGUGGUGGGCGUCGGCAUUCCUGAUCGAGUUUCUCUCUGACCAGGCGCGCUACGCGAUCUGGUUCUCGGCGAUUGGGAUUGAGGUCCUAACCAGCAUUGCGCUAGCCAAAAACCCGACGGUCAGUUUCAAUGGGAGCCAUUUACCCGAGCGACUGGGUCUUUUCACGCUUAUCAUUCUGGGUGAGAGUGUCAUGGGUCUCUUCAUGCUCACGGACGACCUAGUGGACGCGCCGGGAAAAUUGGGAUGGGACAAUCUGUCGUUGUUGAUCUUUUCUAUCACGAUUGUGAAAUGCCAGUGGUUCUUGUACUUCGACGACUACCACGAGCAAGGACCGAUGCGUUCCCCCAUCCACUCUGCACUAUGGAGUUACCUCCAUUUCAUGCUGAACCUGUCUCAAUUACUCUUGGGUGUUGGAUGCCUUGACCUGAUUCGAAUCUACCAAUCGACAAGAGGGGAAUCUCUGUCAAGUCUUAGUCACUUUGAGACUAGUAAUUUCGAAUCAGGCCAAUUCCCGGCCGAGGCUGCAGGCGCCGGUGGUCUCCCUGUUGCUCGCUCAAUACCGGAGGUGGGCGGCGGAGAGGGGGUAGGGAUGGGCGAGGUUGGGGCUGGAGCAGCAGGAGGGCACAACGGGGCUCAGUCGUACGUGAAGAAGUACUACUUGAUCGUGGCAGCGAGUGUCUUCUUUUUCAACGGGGCUAUCAAGUAUGUGACCUCCCAGCCUCAAGUCGGACACGAUUUGCUAGUGCUUUAUUAUGCAGCACGGAAGGAGUUUGAGAAUCAGUCCUCCUGA